UUUUCUAAUGAGUCUUUAUAACUAACAGUGACCAAAAUAACAAAAAUUAUAUUUAACACAAGAACAUGCCAAAGCAAUCAGCUAUACCAGUUGUUAUAUGUGAAUAUCAUCAUGAAGUAUUGCAGUACAUCCAUCGAUCGAUUGCCAGUAAAAAACUUUCAUAUACUAAUUUAAAAAUGGUACAUUUGGACUCUCAUCCUGAUUUGGGGUUCCCCAAACAUCUGCUGGCACAAGAUUGUUAUAACAAAGAGGUUAUGUACAACAAUCUUGAAAUAGCUGAUUGGAUAUUGCCUUUGAUGUAUUGUGGACAUUUAGAGAAACUGAUUUGGCUGAAGCCUCCAUGGGCAGAACAAAUUCCAAAUUGUAUAACAUUUUUUGUUAUUGGGGAAGAUAAAGACACUAAAGGUUUAAGGGUGACAUGCAAUGAGGAAUAUUUUCUUGAAGAUGGACUAUAUGCUUGUUCUAAUCAGUUGGACAAUUCUAAAAAUGUUGUUCUACAGGUGUGCCAAACAUCUGAUUUGAUUAAUGAAAUUGAUGAAAAAGAAAAACUAAAUGAGUUUACAAAUGAUCAGUCAAAAAAAGUCAAACUAGAUAAAGCUUAUACCCACAUACGACCAAUUGAUGGUGAAAAAUAUAUAUUAGAUAUUGAUUUGGACUAUUUUUCUGUUACCAACCCAUUUUUAAAAGAUUACACUAAAGAGGAGUAUUCCAGAUUGAGACAAAUUUACAACGUUUCCAUUCCAAAAGAUAGAAGUUCAGAAAAACAUUUAUCUUCAUUUGUUAAAGAAACACAGAAAAAAUAUCAGGAGUUAGAAAACAUUAUCAAAGCCUUUGCUGAAGACAGUCAUAUUGAAGAAACUAAUGAAAAUAAAGAAAUGCUUAUUUUUUUAAAGCAAUUGAAAGAUCGUAAGUGUGGUGAAAAAAUUGAUUGGGAGUUAGUCCAUGCAGCUGGUUUAACCACUGAACUGCCGCAUCAUAUAAGUUCCGAGGAAAAAAUUUUUGAUCUCAUCCAAGAAAUGAGUUUGCUUCUUCAGAAACUACCUGCACCCUCUUUAAUAACUAUUGCUAGAUCCGCAGAAGACGAAUACUGUCCUCCAAAUCAAGUUGAUUUGAUCGAACGUUGUGUACUAAAAGUAUUACAAGAUAAGUAUACUAACAUUGAAGUAACGUUGGAUUACAAGGAUUUAACAAGAUUAUUUUGAAAACAUUUAAUUUGAAAGCAUUUAUUUUGAAAACAUUUUUGAAAUCUUUUUA